UGAAGUGAGAUUCUGCCACUGAAAUGAACAUUCCUUUGACAAAGGCUGUGAAUAACAAAAAAGGAACUUGGGAAUAUUUUCAUGAAAUUCAAACCGCGACUGACUGGGACUCAUCAAUGUAGAAAACUGGCAUUAGAACAACCAACUAAAUGGAACACAGCAGCCUUUUGUAGUGUACUCUUCUACACCCACAAGUACAUUGAAACCAUACUUACAUAUUGACAGUUAAUGAAAGUCCCUCUCCGUGGAAUACAUGCCUUUCCGUCAUGUUACUCUUCAGGGUUAUGGAGGUUAUGCUUAGUGGGCCUGUUAUCGGCUCUGUUCACCCACUAAAGGAGUUUAAUAAUGUCAGACCAGGGCUACUGCCAGUAGGAGAAUGCAUGGGGGGGAAUCAUGCCAUCUGCAACUCAUUCACACUGGUCCAAUGAGCUACUAGAAAGUAGUACCUAAAUCCAAUGGAUUACUUCAACAUCAGAAGUAUGUAGUUGAUUUUAUAGGAGAGUGAAAACAGUCAAACUCAAAACAACAAACCUAACUGCAGCCCUGGCUAUAAUGUUACCUGAAAGAAUACAUCUCCCUAUGCUAUCAGCUCAUGAUUAGGGGCCAACAGUUUGAAAACUUGUAACCCUUAUCAUGAAUACAAUAAAACAUUUCAAAACAUUCCUAAGGUAGUAUAGAAAAAUCAAAAAGACAAAUGGAGCCUGUGUGAGUGUUUUUGGUUGAAUGGAAUGCAAGUGGAGGCUGCUGAGGGAAGAACGGCUCAUAAUAAAUCAAAUCAAAUUGUAUUAGUCACGUGCGCCAAAUACAACAGGUGUAGACCUUACAGUGAAAUGCUUACUUACGAGCCCCUAACCAACAAUGCAGUUUAAAAAAAUAUAUGAGUAAGAAUAAUAAAUAAAAGUAACGAGUAAUUAAAGAGCAGCAAUAAAAUAAUAACAGCGAGACUAUACACAGGGGGGAACCGGUACAGAGGCAAUGUAAGGGGGCACUGGUUAGUUGAGGUAAUAUGUACAUGUAGGUAGAUUUUUUAAAGUGAGUAUGCAUAGAUGAUAACAACAGAGAGUAGCAGCAGUGUUAAAGAGAGGGAAGGGGGGUAGCAAUUUAAUUAGAUGUUCCAGAGUCUUAUGGCUUGGGGGUAGAAGCUGUUUUGAAGCCUCUUGGACCUAGACUUGGAGCUACGGUACCGCUUUCCGUGCGGUAGUAGAGAGAACAGGAAUCAGGAAGUCCAGGAUCCAGUUGCAGCGGGAGGUGUUUAGUCCCAGGGUCCUUAGCUUAGCCAUGAGCUUUGAGGGCACUAUGGUGUUGAACGCUGAGCUGUAGUCAAUGAAUAGCAUUCUCACAUAGGUGUUUAUUUUGUCCAGGUGGGAAAGGGCAGUGUGGAGUGCAUCAUCUGUGGAUCUGUUAGGGCGGUAUGAAAAUUGGAGUGGGUCUAGGGUUUCUGGGAUAAUGGUGUUGAUGACCAGCCUUUCGUGAGUGCUACGUGUCGGUAGUCAUUUAGGCAGGUUACCUUAGUGUUCUUGGGCACAGGGACUAUGGUGGUCUGCUUAAAACAUGAUGGUAUUACUCGGACAGGGAGAGGUUGAAAAUGUCAGUGUCAAAUGCCAAAUGCCCUUGCCAGUUAGUCAGCGCAUGCUUGCAGUACACGUCCUGGUAAUCCGUCUGGCCCUGCGGCCUUGUGAAUGUUGACCUGUUUAAAGGUCUUACUCACAUCGGCUGCGGAGACCGUGAUAACAUAGUCAUCCGGAACAGCUGGUGCUUUCAUGCAUGUUUCAGUGUUAUUUGCCUCGAAGCGAGCAUAGAAGUAGUUUAGCUCGUCUGGUAGGCUCGUGUCACUGGGCAGCUCUCGGCUGUGCUUCCCUUUGUAGUCUGUAAUAAUUUGCAAGCCCUGCCACAUCCGACGAGCAUCAGAGCCGGUGUAGUACGAUUCGAUCUUAGUCCUGUAUUUAUGCUUUGCCUGUUUGAUGGUUCGUCUGAGGGCAUAGCGGGAUUUCUUAUAAGCUUCCGGGUUAAAGUAGCGCUCCUUGAAAGUGGCAGCUCUAGUCUUUAGCUUAGUGCGGAUGUUGCCUGUAAUCCAUGGCUUCUGGUUGGGGUAUGUACGUGGUCACUGUGGGGACGACGUCAUCGGUGCACUUAUUAAUAAAGCCAAUGACUGAUGUGGUGUACUCCUCAAUGGCAUCAGAGGAAUCCCGGAACAUAUUCCAGUCUGUGCUAGCAAAACAGUCCUGUAGCUUAGCAUCUGCUUCAUCUGACCACUUUUUUAUUGAUCGAGUCACUGGUGCUUCCUGCUUUAAUUUUUGUAUGUAAGCAGGAUUCAGGAGGAUAGAAUUAUUGUCAGAUUUUCCAAAUGGAGGGCGAGAGAGAGCUUUGUAUGCAUCUCUGUGUGUGGAGUAAAGGUGGUCCAGAGUUUUUCCCCCUCUGAUUGCACAUUUAACAUUCUGAUAGAAAAUUGGUAAGAUAGAUUUAAGUAACCCUGCAUUAAAGUCCCCGGCUACUCGGUGCGCCGUCUCUGGAUGAGACUUUUCCUGUUUGCUUAUGGUGGAAUUCAGCUCAUUCACUGCAGUCUUAGUGCCAGCAUUAGUCUGUAGUGGUAUGUAGACAGCAACGGAAAAUACAGAUGAAAACUCUCUAGGUAGAUAGUGUGGUCUACAGCUUAUUAUGAGAUACUCUACCUCAGGUGAGCAAAACCUCGAGACUUCCUUAGAUAUUGUGCACCAGCUGUUAUUUAACAAAAAUACAUAGUCCGCCGCCCCUUGUCUUACCAGACGCCGCAGUUCUGUCCUGCCGAUACAGCGUAUAACCAGACAGUUGAUUAUGUAGUUGUUCAGCCACGAAGCAUAAGAUAUUACAGUUUUGAAUGUCCCAUUGGUAGUUUAAUCUUCCGCGUAGGUCAUCGAUUUUAUUUUCCAAUGAUUGCACGUUUGCAAUGGAAGGAAGUGGGGGUUUAUUUGAUUGUCUAUGAAUUCUCAGAAGGCAGCCCGUCCUCUGACCCCUUUAUCCCUGCCUUCUCUUCAUGCAAAUGACAGGGAUCUGGGCCUGUUCACGGGAAAGCAGUAUAUCAUUCACGUCGGGCUUAUCAGACUUGUUAAAGGAAAAAAGGACUCUGCCAGUCUGUAGUGAGUAAUCACAGUACUGAUGUUCAGAAGUUAUUUUCGGGCAUAAGAGAGGGUAGCAGCAAAAUUAUGAUAAAAAAAAAAAAAAUUACAAACAAGACAAAGAAACAAACAAAAAAACACAAUCGGUAAGGAAUACAUAAAACGUCAGCCUUGUUCUCCGGUGCUAUCUUCCAGCAUAUCCAUUGCAGAUAGUGAGGUGCAGGCUGCUGAGGGGAGGACGGCUCAUAGUAAUGGUUGGAAUGGAGUACAUGGAAUAGUAUCAACCGCAUGGAAACCACGUUUGAUUGACUCCAUUCCAGACAUUAUUUUGAGCCGUCCUCCCCUCAGCAGCCUCCACUAUCUGCAAUGGAGACGCUGGAAGUCGAGAAGCAGGUGCAGGUGGUGAGUUUAAUAAUAUAAUGAACAUGGACCGAUACAAAACAAGAGUAGCGUCUGGACAUAAAACACAAUCAAUACUGCUUGGGGAUGAACCAAAGGGAGUGACAGAUAUAAGGGGAGGUAAUCAGUGAAGUGAUGAAGUCCAGGUGAGUCUCAUUAUGAGUCGCAGGUGCGCGUAACGAUGGUGCAAGGGUGCGUAAUGAUGGUUGUCAGAGCCAGUGAUUAGUAAACCGGUGACGUCGGUUUACUGGUAGUAAACCAGUAAACAGUUUUGGUGCAUUACUAAACAAAAUAAACCCUUCCACACAACCUCCAACAGCUGAUUUAAGGUUUUGUCCCAAAUGACACCCUAAUCCCUAUGUAGUGCUGGUCAAAAGUAGAACUGGCCAAAAGUUUUGUGGUCAAAGUAGUGUGCUAUAAAGGGAAUAGGGUACCAUUUUGGAUGAAUCAUAAGAGUAGCAACUGCUAUUUGUAGUAGUUGGUCAGUCAUUGAGAGCUGAAUGCACCAACACACAAAUCUGUCAGCGUUGUUUUACAGAGGAGGUGAUCCAAUAUUAGACAAUGCUAUAUAAUACUACGGGCUAUGAAAACUUGAUGAGACAUUCAAUGGAAUGUCCCAAUGUUAUUUCUUACCUCAGAGGAAGAGUUAAUUGCCUCUAAUGGCUCUCAUCGUGUACCAUCCGGUUGUUCGUUGCAAAGCAUGGUUCCAAAAGGGUAAUUUUUAUUUAUUAUCUGAUCAAAGUCAUUUCUGCAUGCCAGGGUCCCGGUUGAAGUUUCCCCGGUACAGAUCUAGGAUCAGCUCCUCCUCCCUCAAUCCUAAAUGUAACCAUUAGUGGGGGAAAUGGCAACGAGCACUCUGCAGGCAGGCUGCCCUCCAAAGGGAUGGCGCGACACAGACAGAACAUGCAUCCUGCUACCUCCGUUGCAAAUAGACUGUGUGAUUAUUCCAGAGAAGUGACAUGACAUAUACCUAGUUAAUAUUAGCUGCUAACAUGAAACACCGUUUUUUGGGGGUUGGAUAUAGUAAUGGUAGGAUACAGUAUUUCUUUCAAUCUUCUAUUUUUACUGUUAUUGUUUUGGUGACCGUACAGCAUUUAUUCCUCUUCAAAAUAGUUUUGCAAAAUACUUUAUACAUUAGCUUGUGCUGCUCUCCCCUCUUCUUGUAUUAACCGUUCAAAAAGUCUGUGACUGCGUCUGCAGGAUAUUUUUUGUGGAGGUGCCCUUUUUUUGUUUGAGCACAUGCCCGCCAAAAGGUCUGUGCACAGCCCGGCCUAUGUCAUAGCAAUGUGAUACCAUAUACAGUUGAAGUUGUAAGUUUACAUACACCUUAUCCAAAUACAUUUAAACUCAGUUUUUCAAAUCCAAGUAAAAAUUCCAUGUCUUAGGUCAGUUAGAUCACCACUUAAUUUCCUCACAUUCCCCAGUGGGUCAGAAGUUUACAUACACUCAAUUAGUAUUUGGUAGCAUUGCCUUUAAAUUGUUUAACAUGGGUCAAACGUUUCGGGUAGCCUUCCACAAGCUUCCCACAAUAAGUCCUCCUGACAGAGCUGGUGUAACUGAGUCAGGUUUGUAGGCCUUCUUGCUCGCACAUGCUUUUUCAGUUCUGCCCACAAAUUUUCUAUAGGAUUGAGAUCUGGGCUUUGUGAUGGUCACUCCAAUACCUUGACUUUUUUGUCCCUAAGUCAUUUUGCCACAACUUUGGAAGUAUGCUUGGGGUCAUUGUCCAUUUGGAAGACCCAUUUGCGACCAAGCUUUAACUACCUGACUGAUGUCUUGAGAUGUUGCUUCAAUAUAUCCACAUCAUUUUCCUGCCUCAUGAUGCCAUCUAUUUUAUGAAGUGCACCAGUCCCUCCUGCAGCAAAGCACCCCCACAACAUGAUGCUGCCACCCCCGGGCUUCACGGUUGGGAUGGUGUUCUUCGGCUUGCAAGCCUCCCCCUUUUUCCUCUAAACAUAACGAUGGUCAUUAUGGCCAAACAUAUCUAUUUUUGUUUCAUCAGACCAGAGGACAUUUCUCCAAAAAGUACGAUCUUUGUCCCCAUGUGAAGUUUCAAACCGUAGUCUGGCUUUUUUAUGGCUGUUUUGGAGCAGUGGCUUCUUCCUUGCUGAGCGGAAUGUCGAUAUAGGACUCGUUUUACUGUGGAUAUAGAUACUUUUGUACCUGUUUCCUCCAGCAUCUUCACAAGGUCCUUUGCUGUUGCUCUGGGAUUGAUUUGCACUUUUUGCACCAAAGUAGGUUCAUCUCUAGGAGACAGAACGCAUCUCCUUCCUGAGUGGUAUGACGGCUGCGUGUUCCUAUGGUGUUUAUACUUGAAUACUAUUGUUUGUACAGAUGAACGUGGUACCUUCAGGCGUUUGGAAAUUGCUCCCAAGGAUGAACCAGACUUGUGGAGGUCUACAAUUUUUUUUCUGAGGUCUUGGCUGAUUUCUUUUGAUUUUCCCAUGAUGUCAAGCAAAGAGGCAAUGAGUUUGAAGGUAGGCCUUGAAAUACAUCCACAGGUACACCUCCAGUUGACUCAAAUGAUGUCAAUUAGCCUAUCAGAAGCUUCUAAAGCCAUGACAUAAUUUUCUGGAAUUUUCCAAGCUGUUUAAAGGCACAGUCAACUUAGUGUGUGUAAACUUCUGACCCACUGGAAUUGUGAUACAGGGAGUGCUAAGUGAAAUAAUGGACAAAGUAGAUGUCCUAACUGACUUGCCAAAACUAUAGUUUGUUAACAAGACAUUUGUGGAGGGGUUUAACGACCUAAGUGUAUGUAAACUUCCGGCUUCAACUAUAUAUUUAGAGACAAACAGAUGGCGGUGAAAAAUAUGACCAACCUCGACUCCUAGUCUUUGGUGAUGCUGCCUGUCCAUUUGGCAAGUGUGGUGGGGCUGUGGUGUUGGUGUGAAUUUAUGCUGUUGCAUGGUUUUCUAUUGUAUUUGCGUCAUUGUUCUCAUGUAAUAAACCAAAAUGCUUAGCGAUUCAAUUCAUAAUAAACACAACACUUUGGUACUGUUUGAUGAUUUUGCUCUAUCCCUACAUUAACAUUGUACAUGUGUUGCACAAUGAUGGUGUGAUUUAUGCUGCUCUUUUUUCGAGCAGUUAAUGUGGACAUUUCUCAAUGGUAAGCACAGUGUUUGUGCCAAAUUGAAGUGGUUUAUAAAAUCUGUGUUUAUUUGAUUUCAGACCACAUAAUGGUCCAUGUGUUGUGUUGUGUUGUGUUGUAGUAGUUUAUGUAAUGAAAAAAUCCUACUGUACAAAUCCUACUGUAACUAAAGUCUGUAAUCUAGAACUAAAUUCACACUUCAGAUAGACAUGUUCGGUGCACUUCAUAAAAUAGAUGGCAUAGAUGAUACAUGUUCGCUAAUGUGAUAGGAAACUUAAUUCACUGAUAUGACUAGACCUGUGUUUUCUUCAUGUAUGUCCAUGGUUUGAGCUCACCAUUAAAUCCAAACUUUCUCUGAUUGCCUUACAGCACGUAUUACUACUGUCCUGGACUGGUAAAAUGAUGAAUUGCAUCCAUCGCUGCUACUGUGACAGGAAACAUAUAAAAAACGUUUCUAAAACUCAAACUCAAAAGUUGGUAGUGACGGGGUGGGGGCAACAUGUGUGGGGGUCAUGUUGAAGUAUUAUGAUUAGUUUCAACCUAUUUUUUUUUAAGGAGGAAUGUCUCUCAUUAUCUAUCUCUAUUCCCAUUCCAUUAUUGAGGUACAAGAGAAGAGACACUCCCAAACUACUGCCCAUUGGCGAAAGGCAUUUCGGAAGGGGAUUUACCUACUUGAGGGAAAGGCUGUUGCUGCAGGAGCCACAGAGGCAUUGGUUAUAAGGGCCCCUUCAAACUCAUUCCCUGAGCUUGUCAACAGGUGUCAGAGAGAGAAGAAAUAGAGUGACAGAUGCUCAGGCUUUCAGAGGAGGGAAUCACAGGGAACUGCUACGCCAUGACCACUAGACUUCACUGGCUCACAAGAGCUCUAUGCCUGAUAAGCAUACUGUGCACUGUCACUUCCACAUAUGUGACAGAAGAUUAUUCAUCCCCCGCUGAGAAAGAAGUCACCUUCAGCCACGUCUAUAAGAUUGACCUGGCCAAGAGCCCUGAGUGUAAACUCGCCUUGCAGACCCCCCCUUCCCAACAGGACCAGUUUUCAGGCCUGCAAGAGCUGGAAGGGGGCGCUACUCUGGAGGGGGAAAACAACAUAGUUUUCAGGCACCAAAUCAACCUCAAGACCCCAAAGUGUGACUGUGAUGAGUCGGAGAGCUUUACGUCUCUGCUGUACAGAGUCAACGGGCUGGAGGAGGAGGUGGAACACCUGAAGAGUCAGUGCUCCCAGGGCUGCUGUGGUGGAGCAGGAGGUGUGGACACUAGCUGUAGUGGCCACGGGACCUACCAGCACAACACCUGCAGUUGUCAAUGCAACCCUAGCUGGGAGGGUCCAGACUGCUCCAUUUCCACCUGUCCUGAUGAGUGCAACGACAACGGCCGCUGUGUGGAUGGCAAGUGUGUCUGCCACGCUGGCUACACGGGGAGUGACUGCAGCCAGCUGAUGUGCCCAGGGGCCUGCAACGAUAAGGGACACUGCGUGGACGGCAAGUGUGUUUGCUUCAGCCACUUCACUGGCGAGGACUGCAGCGAACAGAAAUGCGAUCCUGACUGCAUCCACGGCACCUGCGUGAACGGAAUGUGUAUCUGUGACGAAGGCUUCUUUGGUGAAGACUGCUCUACAGUGUUGGGCCCUAACGGCCUGCGUCUGGUAAGGGUGACUGAUAAUUCUCUGCUGGUGGAAUGGGAGGCUGUGAAAGCAGCAGAGUACUACAUCCUGACCUGGCACCCUGAGGGCAAUGAGGCAGAGCUGGAGCGGGUCACCGUGCCCAACACAGAGACCUCCUACCUGAUCACAGGACUCAGCCCAGGUGUCACCUACAUAGUGCAGGUGUACGCUGUCAUCAAGGAGAUCCAGAGCGAGGGGAACAGGAUAGAGGCGACUACAGAGGUGUCUGGUAUUGAUGGUAUCCGGGUAUUGGGCCAGACUGAGGACUCUAUCCAGGUGGACUGGCAGAACCCUGCAUCACCUCUAGACCACUUCAGACUGACCUAUGCUAACCCUGACGGGCAGGAGGAGGAGCAGAACGUACCAAUGAGUGCAGAGGCCAGGACCACCCAAACCAUCGUAGGACUGCAACCUGGCACUGAGUACCUCAUCAGAGUGCAAGGCAUCAAAGGGACCAUCGAAGGGAAAGCCGCCUUCGCCACCGGGGUCACAGAUCUUGACGGUCCUACUAACCUCUUGACCAAAGAAGUGACAGAGGAUACCGCUACCGUGGAAUGGCAGAAGGUACAAGCAGAGAUCGACGGCUACAUGAUCAGCUACAGCUCUGCUGAGGGCUCCAGCGGGGAGAUCCCUGUUGGGGCAGACAGCACCUCCUACAGGCUGACUGGGCUGAGGCCUGGAGUCCUCUACACAGUCUACAUUUGGGCUGUCAAGGGCUCCCGGGUCAGCAGGAAGAGCUCCACAGAAGCUGAGACAGAACUAGAUUUUCCUACUAACCUGUUGACCAGAGAAGUGACAGAAGACACAGUGACAGUAACAUGGGAUAAAGUCCAGGCUGAAAUUGACGGCUACAUGAUCAGCUACAGCUCUGCUGAGGGCUCCAGUGGGGAGAUCCCUGUUGGGGCAGACAGCACCUCCUACAGGCUGACUGGGCUGAGGCCUGGAGUCCUCUACACAGUCUACAUUUGGGCUGUCAAGGGCUCCCGGGUCAGCAGGAAGAGCUUCGUUGACGCUGAGACAGAUCUGGAUGCUCCUACUAACCUCUUUACCAGAGAAGUGACAGAGGACACAGCUGAUGUGUGGUGGGACAGACCUUUAGCGGACAUUGAUGGCUACCUGAUCAGCUACAGCUCUGCUGAGGGCUCCAGUGGGGAGAUCCCUGUUGGGGCAGACAGCACCUCCUACAGGCUGACUGGGCUGAGGCCUGGAGUCCUCUACACAGUCUACAUCUGGGCUGUCAAGGGCUCCCGGGUCAGCAGGAAGAGCUCCACACCAGCUGAGACAGAAAUUGACGCACCAAAAAACUUGAAAGCAUCGGAUGUUAAACUGAAUGUAGCUACCCUGACCUGGACUGCUCCCUUAGCCAGAAUUGAUGGCUACAUCCUCACAUUGAGAGCUGAGGAUGGCAGUUUGAAGGCUGUGGAGAAGAAUCUGAUGGCAGGAGAGAGCAGCUUUGCCAUGUCGGGCCUGGAGAAAGGAAAGAACUACAUUGUUACCCUCCUUGCUUACAGAGGACCAAAGAGGAGCAGAGUGAUAGAGAUCACAUUCAAAACAGUGGGUGUGUUGUACCCAUUCCCCAUGGACUGUACUCAGAUUAAGAAGAAUGGUAACGUAGCAAGUGGAAUCUACACCGUUUACGUCAACAGUGAACGUACCAAGCCCAUGGAGGUGUACUGUGACAUGGACACUGAUGGCGGUGGAUGGGUGGUGUUCCAGAGACGCAACAAUGGACAGAUGGACUUCAUGAAGCGCUGGAGACAGUACAUGGCUGGUUUUGGGAACAUGACUGAUGAAUUUUGGCUUGGUCUGGACAAUAUCUAUGAGCUGACCAAUACUCCCACGCAGUACGAGCUGCGAGUGGACCUUGGUGUGGGUUCAGAGAAGGCCUAUGCUGUCUAUGACAACUUCAAGAUAGCCCCGGCUAAGCAGAAGUUCAAGCUGACCAUCGGUGAAUACAGUGGAACAGCAGGCGAUGCCAUGAACUACCAUCAAGGUCGCCCCUUCUCCACUGUUGACAAUGACAAUGACAUUGCUCUUGGUAACUGUGCCCUGACACAUCGUGGUGCAUGGUGGUACAAAAACUGUCACCUUGCCAACCUCAACGGCAAAUUUGGAGACAACAGACACAGCAUGGGUGUGAACUGGGAGCCAUGGAAGGGUCACCUGAUGUCUCUUGAUUUCACUGAGAUGAAGAUUCGGCCUGUUGGCACUACCAGGAAGAGGAGGUCGCUUAGCAGCAGAACAGCUCCCAGAAAAUAGUCCCUCUGAUGAACUAAAGCAGUCAAUGGGAACCUCAUUACAAACCAGGCAAAGUAGCUAGAACCUCAAACCAGGAACAUCAAUCUUUCUCAAGAUUAUUGUAUAACUUACUUUAUGUUAACAUAUCAUAUGGCUGCAGCCAUAAACGUCUUUAUUUUUAAUAGGAUAUUUGUAUUAUAUUGGUUUAUUUCAUAUAUAUUAUGAACAAGUGAACUGCAACUUUCACUGUAUAGUAUUAUCACAUGGGCAAAGUAAAAGGAUUUCGUAUCUUGGCUCUGUCCUAAAGCGGCAUUCCUCGCAGACAUAGAUUCUUAGCAAAUUACCUCUGUCCUAUUGUACUGUAUAUAAUUACAUUUUAUAGGCUGGCUCCAUGGCAUUAAACUGUCACUAUAUUCAUAACACUGUCUGCUCCUAUUAUGCAUAAUCAGUUAGAUUACCCAAUGAUACCAUGUUUUUAGAAUAGUUAUACUGCUCUUGUUCACAUUCAUAACAUAGCAUAGACCCUGACCCUCUGUUAUAAGCUCUGGUCUGUGGCCUACCCAGCCUACAGAGUUAGCUACAUAUCACAUUUCAGAUGUUAUGCAUAAGAAAUAGAAUGUAUGACAUGCUCCUUUGUAAGAUUGUAUUUUCAAGUGUGUUUUGUAAUUGUGUCGUUCCACGAAAAGAGUGCCCUUUGAUAUUUUAAGUAGAAAUUAAAAGCCUGCUAUAUUAAA